AUGCUUGGAGAAGCCUUCCUAAUUGAACUCCUAUACAAAGAACAGAAAUAUACAACAUUUUGUAAACCACUUACAUGUAAGAAGACCUCAAAUGAUGAAAAGGAAACUUGGAAAAAGCAGCUUUUAGAUAUAGAAGACAAUUCACUUUCUCCUGAUAAAAUAGAAAAUCAACAAAAGGUCGACAAAGAAAGUUUAACAAAGCAAAUUAAUGAUACAAAUAAAAUAAAAUUUGUGGAUGAAAUAACUGUACCAAAAUGCAAAAGUGCAUCCUUUCCAGGAAAUCUGUCUGUUGCGCUGCCCAUUCCAAAAAGAGAACAAUGUGAUGAAAGACAACUGGAUUUAUACCGAUCUUGGUCAUCUACAAGUAUUUGCCAGAAUUAUCCUGACCUACAGAUUGGAGGAGACCACGUGGGCAACAUGUAUGAUUCAGGCUGCUUUGUGGAACACAUACGUGAUGAUGCUUUUAAUGGUCCCCUUUUACUUUCAGUAGAUAUACCAUUGGGCCAUUCUCCCAUCAUUGAGCCUCUAGAGAAACUAUCUGCCUCAAAACUUUUGAAUGGGGAUGAAAUUCGAGAAAAAAGUAUGUUGUUUCAUAAGCAACCUCUCUCUAAUUCUAUGCUUAAUAAGUAUAUGGAAAACAAGCUGGAUGAACUCUACAAACAAUUUUUGGAAGAAAAUCUCACUAAGUGCCUCUCUAUAACCAACCUUAUGGCUUCUAAUUUGCUAAUGAAUAAUGUAAAUCAGUUUAGCCUUCAAAUCUCUCAAGAGCAGAAUGUAGAGGCUUCGAAAGCCCGGGAAGCUCUCCUACAUUCUUUUUCAAGAUGUAAUCUCUAUAACAUUUCCCAUGGAAACAGUUCUGAAUUCAGCACUCCUAACCUACAAAUAUCAAAACAGAGAAGUAGGGAAUUUGUAUCACAUCUACACUAA